AUGGACGAGAACCUGCAGUGCUCGACCGAACGUCCCCAGUGCUCAGAGUGCCGCAAGCGGCAUACGCCAUGCAACUACCUUCAGCCUGCGGUCCGGCCCGUUGCUGCCAGUGCCAGGCGAUACCAUGGCCAGGUCCAGGUCCACGCACACCAUCACCCCCAGCAUGCCCUCCUCCGGCACAUCUUCGCCCAUCUGCGCUCCCAGCCAUGGCACGUCGCCCAGGACCUCCUCGCCCAGCUGCGUCGCGGCACCGACGAGCGCAGCCUCCUCCGUUUCCUUGAGUAUGGCAGUCUGCGUGUCCAGCUCAAGCUGGUCCCAGACACGACAUACCAGUUCACCGCUCCCUAUCUUGCUGACAUGAUGCCGCUGUUUGGCAGUGCCGACAACCCCUACCUUGCCUCCAGACUGUACAAGGCCCUGUCAAACGAGACUGCCCAUCACGGCACCGACAUCCAGGAGCAGACCCACAGCGCCAUCUACCACGUGCCCUAUCCCGGCGCCCGCAUGUACGAUCCACGCAUGUCGCCAGACACGCUGAGGCCGUCCAAGUGGACUUCGAUAAGCGACGACGACGUCUUCCUCACCCGCCUUCUCGAAGGCUACUUCCUGUACGAGUUCCCAUUGUGGCCUUGCUUCCACAAAGAUCACUUUCUCGAUGACAUGACUGCUGAAAGGUCUGAUUACUGUUCACCACUCCUAGUCAGCGCCAUUCUCACCGCAGCCUGUACCCCCAUCUAUCUGGGACAGACAUUCCUGUCGCUUAUCAAGCUUCGAUGCAUCAUGAACGACAUAGCCGGAAAGGCUCUUCCAGAGGACGAUGGAGAUAACAAUCUCGAUAUUGAGCAGGCUAGUCGUUAUCAUCUUAUGCUGGUACAAUGGUUCCGUGAUCUUCCGGAGCCGUUACAGCCACAGAAUGCCGCCAUGCCGACACAGCUUCUGCUACACAUGCAGUUUCACAACCUCGUUACCAUGACCUUCCAACCGUUCCUGGAAAAGGAAAAGUCUCUCAACUGGCCCAACCAUAGUGGCGCAUUCCAAAAGUAUACAGGCUUCAGUCCGGCCCAACUAUAUGCUGCCUCGAAAGCGAGUCUGCAGACGCUUCUCCACAUGUUCUUCCACCGUCACGGCUUCGAAGCAUACUACAUAUUCCUACUCCAGGUCCUCGUCCAGCUAGGCUUCGAUUCGAUCGAGCGUCUUCGCACCCCGGAAGCGCAACAAGAGCAUUUCCCAGCCAUAAUGAAAGCUACACGAGCCACGCUCAUAUUGUGCGCCAAGGGCUUGCGCGACCAAGGCCAUAACUUCUUCUUGUCUGAACUCGUGUUCCGCAUUUUGCGCGACAAGAUGAAUCCGGUAGACGUCAGGCUGCUCAAGGACUGGGCGCACAUCAAAGACGAAGGUGAAAGGGAGAAAUCGAUGAUGGAACACGUCUAUGGCGAAUACCCUGUCAACGUAGAGUCCAUCACCUCGGAUCCGACCGAGCAACGUCUGAAUCGGCUGUUGCAGACUAUGGCUGAUCUCAAGCUUCCCAACGAUACUGCUGAGCCAACUCAGCAAGAUAGGGCAUCGAGGACAUGGCGAAGCAUCGUUUUUUGA